GAUGACCCACCGCUAGAUGAAGAGCCCCUGUACGUCAACGCAAAGCAGUACUAUCGCAUCCUCAAAAGGCGGGUAGCCCGCGCCCGUAUCGAAGAGCUUCACAGGCUAUCCAGGCAGAGAAAGCCCUACUUACACGAAUCGCGCCACAAGCAUGCCAUGCGCCGCCCCCGCGGUCCUGGCGGACGAUUCCUCACCGCAGAGGAGAUAGCCGCACAAAAGGCCAGCCAGGCCGUUGAGGCA